AUGGGAGCUGGUUCUGCCAAGAAAGGGAGGUGCCAAGGGCCGGGGGCGCGGGGCCGGUCCCGGGUGGGGAGCGGCGCUGCAUUCUCAGAGUCUCCAGCAGAGGCUGGGCUGGGCUGGGCUGGGCUGCGGGGAAGGAGCGGAGGAAGCGAGGGGGAGGAAGGCGGCUCUCGCCGCACAUGCAUCGCCCGCGCCCCGCCUCGCGCCGUGCCCGCCCGGUGCCAGCAGCCGGCUCCGCUCUCCGCCGCCGGCGAGGGCUGCGCUGCUGGGCUGAGGCUGCCACCGCUCCGUGCCGGGCUGCCGGGCACCGCUCCGUGCCGGGGCACCGCUCCGCUUGGCGCCGGGGCCGCGCAGGAUGCCGCGGGAGGCCGAGCGCCCCGCGCGGGGGGGCCGCAGCGGCCGCCGACCCAGGCUCCUGUGGAUGCUGCCGGCUACCCUGCACCUCCCUGUGUGAGCCAGCAGAUGAUGGAAGUGACCGCCAUCAGCUGGGCAAAGGACCCUUUGCAAGGUGCUGGAAUAUCAUCUCCGAAAGAUGGGAGUAACAAAUGGGCUUGUGAACUGCACGUGUGACAUAGGCACCUCUGCUGCCAGAACUCUCGUGCAGUAGCCCAAGGCCAACAAAGAACAGGCAGACGCUGGCCACAGCAGCUCAUCCCGGUAACUCCUCUGCGAAACUGUGCAUGGAGAAGCUUCUCUUCCCUUCCCUUUGUGUGAAUGCCUGCUGUGGGUACCCGUACCCCGCU